GGUAGCGGACCAGUAAAAGUUUCGGGAAAAAUCACUGGCUUGGCUGAUGGAGAGCAUGGCUUCCAUGUCCAUGAAUUUGGUGACAAUACAAAUGGGUGUACCAGUGCGGGUGCUCAUUUCAAUCCUGAAGGCAAGCAGCAUGGUGGACCAAGUGAUGCAGAAAGGCAUGUGGGAGACCUUGGCAAUGUGACUGCUAAAGGAGGAGUGGCAGAAGUGGAAAUAGAAGAUGUCAUCAUUUCUCUUAGCGGACCACAUAGUGUCAUUGGACGUACCAUGGUGGUCCAUGAAAAACGUGAUGACCUGGGUAGAGGGGGAGAUAAUGAGAGCAAGUUAACUGGAAAUGCUGGACCUCGUUUAGCUUGUGGUGUAAUCGGAAUAGCGAAAAGCUAAGUAUUGUACCUGAAAUGCUUCAGAGGAGUGAUAAAUGGGCUGUGUUUCAUUGCAAAUGCUGUACUUGCCAUUCCUUGUGCAAGCAAAAGAUUUAUCACUUAAUCUCAUUACUACUCUGCAUUCUGAGUAUCACUUAAACUGGUGAAGACUGACUUUAAUUUUGUAUCAUGUAUAUUGCAAUUAAAGUGACCCUGAUGGAA